ACUCCUCUCCUAUAAAACUAAACGUUUUCUUUUCUCAAAGCAAGCAAAAAGAUCAUGGCUGAAGCGUCUACUUUGGUGGGGAAGCUUGAGACAGAUGUGGAGAUCAAAGCUUCUGCUGGAAAGUUCCAUCACAUGUUCGCAGGUAGACCACACCAUGUGUCCAAAGCAACUCCAGGCAACAUUCAGAACUGUGAGCUACACGAGGGCGACUGGGGCAAAGUCGGUUCAAUCAUCAUCUGGAACUACGUUCAUGAUGGAGAGGCAAAGGUGGCUAAGGAGAGGAUCGAGGCGGUGGAGCCAGAGAAGAACCUGAUCACGCUCAGGGUUAUAGAAGGUGAUCUGUUGAAAGAGUACAAAAGCUUUGCGGCCACAAUCCAGGUGACCCCUAAGCAUGGAGGGCCUGGUAGUGUUGUGCACUGGCACCUUGAGUACGAGAAAAUUAGCGAUGAGGUUGCUCACCCUGAAACUUUUCUCCAGUUCUGUGUUGAUAUCUCAAAAGAGAUCGAUGAACAUCUCUUGAACGAAGAAUAGAGGAUCACUCCUCGUGUGUGUGUGUGUGGCCUCUUUCAGUAUAUGAUGAAACUGAAAUAAAUAAUGUGCCACUGUUCUAGUUUGGAUAAGAUAUGUUGGUGUGUUUCUAGCAUGUAUGCAUAAUACUAUGGUCGAGAUAUGUUUGAAGUUCUUAAUUUUAAUCGGAGUUUAAUAGGAGUCAAGCUACAAGGCUACUUGAAGUUUAUUUACCUAAAAAAGUUUUAUGCUAGCAUAGUAGCAUAUAUCUAAUUCGGUUAAUAAUAUGAUAUUUCAUUUUAUGUUUCGAAAAAUGUAUCUACACCUCGCUGCAACCUGAUUUAAUAAGGAAUAAAUAAUACGGAAUGCACCGAGAUACAAAU